ACCGGCUGUACAUGCUAUGGUCCGUGUCCGAUAACUCGUCCUCUACAAAUGUUACUGCUGUUUAGUAGCUUAAACCGAUCCGUUUACUUCGACGGUAUGUACGGUUGUUAGCUAACUAUCGGUAGAUACAUAAAAAUGACUUCCAGAGGGACUCCGAGUCGUUUCCUUAAAAGUGUUCUUCAAAACGGUGUGGGUCGGUAUGUCUGCCAGCUCAAACGCAUCUCCAUCAUCUUCUCCAAAAAGGCACAGAGCUCGUUAGGAGUCAGGGAAUUCAUUGAAGAGGGAGUUGUGGAUUAUGCCAAGAACAACCCUGGGACAGUAGUAUAUGUGUCUCCUCAGUCAUCCAGGAUACCAAAAAUAGUUGCAGAAUACUUAAAUGGCAACGUGAGAGAAGAAAUUAUCACAAGCAAAACGGCUCCUCAGAUUUCAGAGCUUUUGACCAAGCUGACAAAUCAAUCUGGCCUGGAUAUCAUCCGGAUCCGCAAGCGUGUUCACACAGACAGCCCCAGUAUCCAGGGCCAGUGGCACCCGUUCACCAACCGGCCCCCAUCUAUCGGCCCCAUCAGACCGCAGAAAUAGGAGACAUAAUAAGGACUUAAUUAGGGCAAAAGGAAGUUAGAUUAUUUCUAUUGUGUUGCUGUUAUAAAAUAUGUCUUUUGUUCUCAAGCUGGUGGAGUGUCUGUUAAUUAAAUUAAAUCUCAGAUAAAGUGCUUCUAGUCUUGGCAACACAUUUUUAAUCUCUUUGUUGAGGAUGGUUGUUGAAGAAACAGUUAGAGGUUGAAUCUGCUUUUUUCUUGUCUGAUAUUAGCUGCAGAUCCAUUCAUCUUGUUUUACCAAGUACCUUCUCUGUAGUACCUUAGAUGACAUGAAUGCACCAGGGCUUGUUAGGUAGCAUACUAAAAAUCAUAACUGUUUUAAAUCUCAAGGUUAUUUGCAGAUUUGUGUUUUUAAGAGCAGCACUCUACAGCAGACAGAACUUUGUAUGAAAAAAUAAAUAAUUUUUUGUGCAAAUGUG